AUGUAGGGUAACAGUCAGGAUCUGUGCAGGGUGGCACCCACCCUAGUCCCCGGCCACUGUGACCUUAAGUCAUGAUCUCAUAGGCCUCAGCCUCUCUGGUGAGUGGGAUAAGAAGUAUCCACCCUGCUGUUUGUCACAACCAGCCUGGGGACAACAGGGGAUAAGACACUUAUACCACCAAGCUGGGCCUAGUAACAGCAUCUGUAAUCCCAGCACUGGGGGGUUGAGGCGGGGAGAUCAGGAGUUUGUUAGACAGUUCCAGAAAAGCCUGUGUUAUGUGAGACUAUCAAACAAACAAGCCGCAGGGUGUGUGGCACAGGCCUUUAAGCCUUUAAUCCCAGCAUAGGAGGCAGAGGUAGGCGGAUCUCUGUGAGUUUAAGGCCAGCCUCUGCUACAAGAGUUAGUUCCAGGACAGGCUCUAAAGCUACAGCUACAGAAAAACCCAGUCUUGAAAAACCAAAACCAAACAAACAACCAACUAACAAACAAACAAAACCAAACAGUCAAAACUGUCUUUAUACGGAUCACCUGAAGUCAGAAGAGCCUUCAGCGUGGGCUCUGCUCUGUCCCCAGGGAUAGAAAGCUCGGUGCCUCAGUUUCUUUAUCAGGAGGUGGGGUUGGUCUUCUAAUACCCAGGGAACUAUUUGAAUUUCCACAGGCUCCCCAGAAACACUGCAUUUAUGUCCUAAGCAUGUACACUGUGCACCAGGACCCAGGUAGCACGUCUGCCACACAGAGCAAGUGCCCUGCGUGGGCCUGCGGGUCGCAUAGGGUGGCCCCUGUACUGCCCUCACCCUUCACAGAUGUGACACAGCAGAGGUGUCUCUCCUUCAGGGGCCCUGCAUGCACCAAGCACCCCACUGUGGCCUCAGUGCACCACCGAUAAAGCAAGAUCGCCACAUGCAGGCAUGAGUGAGUUUGCAUUACACGAGGGUCCUUCAAGCAUCCUUACCUUGGCAGGUGACAGUUCUGGGCCCUUCAGCCUGUGGUGGGACAGGCUAUGACCCCUCCCCCACCUGCAGCAGUCAGGGAACCCUGAGGGUCUGUGAGGUCACUGAGUUCCAUAGCCCAAAGGCUUGUGGAAAGGGGUGCUGGCCCAUCUCCAACCCAAGGACUCGAGUUCCUGAGAGGGACACUUUGUAUUGGGAACCAGGAACACUCCAAGUGCUGGCCUCCAAGGCCAGGACGAGGGUCAGGAGGUGCCAUCCAGAAGGUCACAGGAGCCCCCGGCCUGGCUUGGGUGCUAUCCACGCCGCCAGGCCACCAUGGUCCUUGGCUGGCCACUGUUUCUGGUGUUGGUCCUGUGCCCAGGUACGACAGGCAUCAAGGACUGCAUCUUCUGUGAGCUGACUGACUCCACUCAGUGCCCAGGCACACCCAUGCGCUGUGGGGACGACGAGGACUGCUUCAUAGGCCACGGAGUAGCGCAGGAUGUGGGGCCCAUCAUCAACAAAGGCUGCGUGCACUCCACUAGCUGUGGCCGCGAGGAGCCCAUCAGCUACAUGGGCCUCACUUACAGCCUUACCACCACCUGCUGCUCUGGCCACCUUUGCAAUGGGGGUGCUGCUUCAGCCACAGGACCUGCCAGCCUGGCGCUGGGUCUGCAGCUGUUCCUGGGCCUGUUGCCGCGGCUUCAAUACUGGCUGUGGUGACCCACAGGAACCGCUGGGCCUGGGGCUGUGCCCUGUGCCCUCACCUUCACCCCUUUCCCUCAUUAAAUGGCCAGAGGUGCCGUCUACCUCCCGUGGCCCUGACUUCCUCUGUUCCAGGGCCCAUGGGAGCCUGGCUGGCGUGCCCAUUGUGUGGGCUGAGGCCUCUGACUCUCGCGGCUCUGCCCUGCCCCAUUGGUCCUAAGAUGUACGUUUUUCAUUUUGCCCAGGUGCUUCUUUGUGUCGGCGUCACCUUAGAGUUGGUGAAAUACAGUACCAGUAAUACCGGAUGGGAUUUCAGAGCACUCUUUUGUGGGGCAGGGUGCUUUUCUGAGGCACAGUGUCCUGCAUCCCAGGAUGGCCUCCAAUUCUCUACACAGCUGAGGGUGGCGAUCUUCCUUCUCUUCAGCUGUGUGCCACCACAUCCAGCUCUGCAGCACUUAGGCCUUGUGUUGGGCACUGCUCUGUCCUCUGGCAAAGCCAAGACAAUAGUGACGCUGCAAAGCGCCGUGGUCUCAGGGCUGGAGGCUCAGCACCAAGAGGGAACGUACCAGGAGUGCGUGCCCCCACCAGCGGUCAGGUGAAUGUGGGCAGCUGUGUUUCAGCACCUUUCAAGAACAGUGGCUCCUGGAUGGCAGGCACCUCAUACCCUGGAGCACCUGGCCAUGUCUGGGGGAUGCUGUGAUUGUCAUGUUGAGAAUGGGUAAGGGACACCCCUGACAUCCGCUGGGUGGAGGCUGGGAUGAGGCUCAGUAUGCACAUGGAAGGGGCCCUCAAUAGUCUGAUCCCUAUCCUUUCAUUCUGAAGGGAGGAAACUGAGGCAGAGAAGGGAGUAAGUUGCCUGAAGACACAUUGUUAUAGCUAGCAGGGUUAGGAUCUGAAUCCAGCCAUCUGGCACCUAGAGUUCAUGCCUCAGUUUCCCAAUUUGGGAUUCACCAGGCUAGAGAGACACGUCAGAAGGCCCUGAGUGUUCUCCAUAGCAGAACACUUCUCCAAGAAGGGCAUAUGGACCCAUUUUAGAGAUGAGCAGAAAGGGCAUGCCUCCUGCAACCCCUCCCCCAUUACGUGAGCAUGUUGAGGAAGGGCUGGGCACAGGGCAUCAUGAGGG